AUGACCUAUAUUAGUCUCGUAAUCGUAGAAAAGAAAGAUGGAUCACUGAGACUGUGUUUAGAACCGAAAGAUCUUAAUAACUCAAUAAAAAGAGGACAUUACAAAGCACCGUCCGCUGAAUCCAUCUCAAAUCACCUGAGUGGAAAGAAAUUAUUCAAUACACCGUUCGGUCGAUACAAGUUCAAUCGCAUGCCUUUUGGCAUAUGUUCAGCAUCGGAUGUAGCGCAGAAAAUGGUAGAUGAUGAAUUUUCUGACAUCCCUGGUGCACUAGCAGUACAUGAUGACAUCAUAGUCUCAGGUGCCAACACAGAAGAGCAUGACAUACAUGUAGCUCUAGAGAAAGUCCUACAUCGAGCAACAGAACGAAACAUAAAAUUCAACAAGAAGAUCCAACUACGAGUCACUGAAGUGAAAUAG